AUGUCGCACGCGCUGUAUUUCGGCGUGCGAUGCUUCCAGCGGACCGGGCCGAGUUUCGGAACUUGCCGCUGGAAGAGGUUGUCAACGCAUAUCCACGAAGUCGACACCCUGGUAUUCAUUGCCCAAGGGUGUCAAGAAGAGACUCGGCAAGUCAGCCGGCAAUUGGAGCUGGCUAAGAAGAAGAUUGCCGAGUUGGGGGCGACGCUGGCCGAGGCUGAGGCGCGGAGGGAGGCCACUGAGGCCGGGCGCCUAGCUAUGGUCGAGGUGCUUGAGGAAGAAAGGGCUGCCCACUCCUUGGCCAAGUCAGCUCUGCGCGCCUCGGAGGCGCGCCUGGGGGAGGUCCACUCCGAGGUCGCGGGCCUCAGGUACGAGGGCGGGGUCCUGCGCCUCAAGAUCGAGCAACUGGAGGCUCGAGAAAGGGGCGCACUCGAGCGGGCCGAACAUGCCGUAGACUCCUUCAAAGAAUCGGAGGAGUUUCGCGAUAUGUUAGAGGAGAAAACCGUCGACGGGUUCCUCCGGGGCUUCGACAACUUCCGAAAGCAGAUGGCCCGGAUCUGCCCCCAGUUCGAUCUUUCGAUGAUUCAUCCGAGGAUGAGGCUGGGUUACAGCUCCGAUUCGGAUGACGUUCCCGCCGCCCAGGCAUCCGAGGCGGAGUCGGCUGAGUUGGACGCAGCCGAGCCUGCGACGGCGGUGGCCGAGUUGGAGGGCGUUCCCGAGGCACCCGCCGAGGCCCCUGCCGCAGACCCCGAGCCCGUGCCCGCCGAAGACCCUCCAGUCAUCGCCAUAGAUGACCCCGAGGGUGAUGCCGACGCGACUGCCGCCCCUUAG